CCUAUUUGUAAUUUGUAAUUGCAUAAAAGUAUCUUGCUGCAUACAGAUAGUUGUCAUGGAACCGUAUGAACCACAGUCUUGCAACAAAUAUAGAGUUUAUAAUUGCAAAUCCCCAUUUCAUUUACCUUGAAUGUUUAAAUGCUAUGCCACAGAUAAUAACUCAAGUUUUAAUUGAUGGGAAAUUUAACAAUUAAAAUUUCUAACCAGAAAGCAAUUGUGAAUUUAUACCCUCGUCGUAGUAAAACAGGUUACUUUUUAUCGGCCGACUUCGGACUCCUUGUAUUUGGCUCCCUCCUCAACGGGUUGAACUGCACUUUGGAUCGCCGGACUCUGCCUUGCGAAUCACCUAGUUACUUUCCGGCUUUGCAGCCACCGAGUAACGCCGGCAGCUUUCCGAUGGAAAAUCAGCUCCUCACUGAGUUUGAAAACGCGGCGGCUAACAUACCGGAUUCACCUCUCCCUCUCCGGGCCAUAAACUUUGUUCUGUCUCUCGUCAGCAACCCUUCCACCACCGAUUCUUCUCUGGCCGCUAUUCUCAAAACCCUAACCCAAUCUCUCCAAAAUCCUAACCACCGCCACUCUCACCACCGCGCUAUCCUCUCCAUCCUUCAUCUCCUCGCUCGCCGCCACCCCCACCGAAGAAAAGACGUCAUCAACUCCAUCCAAUCAUUCUCACUCCUUCCUUCUACCUCCACUCGCUCCUAUGCCGAGGCCCUCUCUGCUCUCCUCUCCCUAUCUGCUACUGACGCCUUCAACGAACCAGAGUUCCUGUCGCUGGUUUUCCGGCCAUGUGUAUCUGUCAGGAUUUGGCUCUUGCGGAAUGCUAACAGCUUUGCUAUGCGGCCAUCAGUGUUGUUUACAGUUCUGUUUGGGUUGACCAAGGACCCGUAUCCGAACAUGCGUAGCGCUGCAUUGGAUGGACUAUCUGGAUUAUGUAAAUGCAUUGUGGUUGAAGAUAAGAGUCUUAUUCAAGGUUGUUAUUUUCGUGCUGUUGAGCUACUAUUUGACACUGAGGACACUGUGCGAUGCUCUGCAAUUUGUGCGGUUAGUGAAUGUGGGCAUUCGCUUGUGGCUGCCAACCAUGAGAAAAGUAGAAGUGACUGGUCAGACACAUUAUUUGUACAGCUUUGCUCAAUGGUCAGAGACAUGAGUGUCAAGGUUAGAAUACAAGCAUUUAAUUCUCUUGGGAAUGUUGAAUUGGUCUCCAAAGAUCUUCUCUUACUGACCCUAUCAAAGAAAGCUUCACCAGCCAUGAAAGAAAAGAACUUUCCUGGACAGUUCACUACCAAAUCCUCUAAGCUACCAGCAUCAAGUGCUGCUUUUGCUUUUGUGAAUGGCUUGGAGGACGAAUUCUAUGAGGUACGAAGUUCAGCCUGUCGUGCCUUACAGAGAUUGACCAUUCUCUCUGCUGAUUUUGCGGGCGAAGCUAUAGACCUUUUGGUGGAUGUUCUUAAUGAUGAUUCACUGGAUGUAAGGUUGCAAGCUUUAGAGGCGAUGCAUAGCAUGGGAAUGUUUGAUUGUCUAAAGGUGCAAGAAGCACAUUUAAAGCUGUUUGUCAGUACUCUUGUGGAUAAUGACAAUUUGAUAAGGUCUGCAGCAAGGAGAGUAGUUAAGAUAACUAAACUCAGGACUUUGACUCUUUUCAAAAUGUGCAUUGACGGCCUUGUAAAAAAUUUAGAACUCUAUCCGCAGGAUGAAGCUGAUGUGUUUUCCGUAUUGUUUAGUCUUGGUAAAAAGCAUGGGAAGUUUGUUGUGAACGUGAUCCAUGGGGUUUCCAAUUUGAUAGAGCCAUCUCUUGGUGGGAAGUGGAGCUUGGACAAUGCAAGAGCAUCUUCAUUUAUGGUGUUGGCAAUCUCAGCUCCGGUGUCACUAGAGCGCCGAAUCUGCAGCAUUCAACCAGUAAUGUUCUCAUAUGCAGUCACCAUACUGGGGAGAAUAUCACACGGUUUAACUGAUAAUUCUUCAAAGCGGAAGAGUGUGGUCCCUCACAUUCUAAGGAAGGUGAUGCGUACUUGUUGAUUCAAAAUGAAACUGAUGGAGGUUGCUCUGAGAAAAUAAAUGAGGUAAAGAGGGGAGAUUGCACAACAGCUAUUCUACAGAAGGUCACAGACAUCUGGCCAUUGCUAGAACUUGGAUUGGUGGAUAAAGUAUCUCAAACUGUGGGAUGCUUGAAGGCAGAGGUGACAAGACUGGAAAGUGUCUCCCAAUGCAGGGGUGAAUUGGUUUUCAUAUCAUACUAUUUGGAUGCCAUAGAACUGAUUGGAAGGGUGUGGGGCCGCCUCAUGUUACCCAGAAGGUUCUGCACCCACCAAAUAGGAGAUUGGCGAUUGUUGUUUGACAAACUUGACACGAUUCUAAAAGAGAUGAGGUAUAGGUUCAUAGGUUUGACCAAAGAGGACGAGUAUCAUAUCAUGGAACUCAAGCUUGUGACGGAAACAGCAAAACUGUGUACAUCAGAAGCAUUCUGCCAUAAUAACAACAGUGCUUUAGUAAAAUUACGUUCCAGGGCACAACUGAUGCAUGAAUAUGGACCUGAUGCACUUUCCGGGUUUGUCAGAGAGCUUUAUACAGGUUUGAAUGAAUGCAUUCCAAUGGAGAAUCCGUUAUUUCUCUUGACGUCUCUCAAGAAAUUCAAACCGAGACAGUUAGUUCUACCACAAAGAAAGUUCAAAUGUAAAAUGGCUGAAAUGGAUGUUGAAGGUACUGACUUUCAGUAUCCUCUGCCGUUCGUUCCGGGGUUACCUGUUGGUGUUUCCUUUGCAAUGAAGAUUUACAAUGUGUCGUUUGAGAAUAGGCUUUGGGUGAAAAUGUGCGUAGAAGAGAAGUUAACCCAGUAUGCCUAUCUUGAUUUGCUUGAGCUUGGUAGUGGAGAUGAUGAGGUCAGAAAAUUUAAGAUUGUAUUGCCGUUUCACAGAACCCCUAAAGCUAGAUGUUUCUCAAUGAGGGUUUGUGUUGUUAUAGAAUGUUUAUUGCCAGACUAUGCACCCCAAACCCCUCUGCCUGUGAUUUAUGGUGGUCCAAAACAUGAUGUUGCUAAUAUAUGCGAGGAGAAAGAAGUGUAUUUCUCCAUGGUUGUAAAAUAGAUGAUGCAGUUUAUGUAUCUGUUGUAACUUGUAUAUGUCAUUCUAGUUAGAUACCACCCUAUUUCAGACACAAGUAAUUUAGAGAAGUAUGUUCAUCAGUUCAUCUUGCCAAUGAAUUGCGCCCAUAAGCGUUGCACACUUGCACAUGCUAACCCUGUCUUCUAGUCUCAAACUCUCAA